AUGGACCCUGUCACGGCCGUGGGAUUGGCUUCUGCCAUUAUCUCCUUUGUUCCUCUCGGGAUCAACCUGCUGAAAAAUGCCCGGGAAAUCCGUGAUUCCGUCGACGGCAGUCUCGAACGGAACCAAACUCGAAAAGUCAUCACUGAGGAGAUGCAAGCGGUCUCUCGAAGGCUAAGACCCACGGAUCAGACUCGAAUCGCACCCGAGCAAAAAGGUUUGUAUGACCUUGCACUAAAGUGCCACGAGUUGUCGCAGCAAAUCCUUGAGCUCUUGGACAAAAUUAAGCCUAAGCCACAAAGCUCUUUUGGCAUAUAUCGCUCGGCUUUCCGAGCUUGGAGUAAGGAAAGCGAGAUCAAGGAUCUAGAGAAGCGCUUAGAUGACUGCCGAAGCCAACUUACAUUAGGACUUGUCGACCUUUCAAAUGAGAACACUACAGCAUACUACGAGAAGCUUUCAUCCGUUGCUCAAAAUGAUGCAUCCAGACUUGAGGAACUGCAGGGACACAUCGAAGAGCUCAAGAAAGGUGUAGAGGUUGGGCAGAUUGGCACAGAGGUUUGUGAUCAGGUUCGGCGUCUCCUAGGGUUACAAGAGGAUGCACUUGCUGCCAUUUACCAACAACGCAUCCUCAGAAGCAUGCGAUUCGACGGCAUGCAUGAACGAGAUGAUAGAGUUCAUCUACCCCACGACAGUACUUUCGAAUGGCUGUUGGAAGAUAACGAACCAGGGGAUCAAGAGAAAUCACAGCCAGCGCUGAACAGAGCGGAAGAAGAAGAAAUGAUAGCAGUGAAGCUCAAAUCAAGGACCGCCUUUUUGAGCUGGCUUUCCUCAUCGGAAGGCAUCUUUCACAUCUCGGGUAAACUAGGCUCUGGAAAGUCUACCCUCAUGAAACUGCUCUACACACAUUCACAAACUCGCACUCAACUCCAAAAGUGGGCUGGAAGUGAUUAUCUUCUUAUCUCUAGAUUCUUCUUCUGGAAACCCGGAUCAGAGUUGCAAAAGUCUUUGGACGGCCUCUGCCGGUCUCUUCUCCACGACAUCCUCGAAGCUCGUCCAGAAUUGAUCCAGCACGUCCUACCAGAAAUUUGGAACCAGGCGACCAGUAGUCCUUGGCAAAUACAAAGCAAGCUCACUAUGUCCUCAAAUGUUUUCAAGUCCGGAUUAGAGCGCCUCAUCUCCAUCGGGUCCUCAUCUUCGCUUCCCAGUGGUGAUCUUCGCUUUUGCUUCUUUAUCGAUGGCCUGGACGAGUGCGAAGAGUCUCACAGCAAAGAUCACAUCUAUCUUGUAAGACUCUUAAAAGAUUGGGUCAAAAUCUCCCACGGUAGACUGAAGAUGGUUGUCUCCAGCCGAGACUACAACGUAUUCCUUAACGGAUUCUCAGCAGACCAACGCCUUCAACUCCACCAACUGACGUGGUUCGAUAUGAGGCACUAUGUUCGCGAUUCUCUUGAGCAUAUACAGAACGAAAAUCUCAAAAGAUACUUCCUCGACGCGAUCCCUGAGAAGGCAAAUGGUAUCUUUCUAUGGAUAGUCCUAGUCGUUAAUGAGAUCCGCAAAAAGGUCGAGGAUGACGCAUCACAGGAGCAGCUACUGCGACUACUCGACAAUCUUCCUCCAGGUAUAGAAGCCCUGUUUCAGCGUAUUCUCAGUGGCCUUGACCCAAACAGUCGAAGAACGGCGUACCAGACUAUGGCCAUCCUACAAACUGCACAGGAAAACUAUCUGCCUCUUUCUUUACUCGCCUUUUCAUACCUCGAGGAAUACCAAGAGGACCACGACUUCUCCAGUCGUGAAAGAUUCAUGGUUCUUGACCACAAGUUACUGGAUGUGGAUAGGACUCCUUCGAGAAGUGUCAAGCAACUUCGAGGGAUCUGCGGAGGGCUCGUCGAGGCUCGUGGAACAACAGACCCCGUAGCUCAGCAGUCUUGGAAACUUGGCUUUACGCAUCGAUCCAUCCCCGAAAUGCUCGAGAAAGCAGACAUCAAAAGAGAUAUGGAGUCCUCUUUAUCCCAUUUCGACGCCGUUAAUGCUCUUUCUCAUCUUAUCUUCGCAGAAGUCCAAUUCAUAAAUGACAAGAAAGCCGCUAGGCGAAUAUGUGGUGGCGUAACAUGGAUGCGUCUGACAGAGAGAGUGGAUACACCUCCAUACCACUUCCUCCAAACCAUGGCCUCUUGGGUAGGCGAUGCGUUUGGAUUAGACGCUGACCCUAGUCAGGUUCUGGUUUUCCAUGGGACCUCGACGUAUGCGACUGGGGGCUUGCACAGCUUAGUUCGUUACGGAGCAUUGGUAAGACGGGAUAACUUCAGUGCGAUAUGCCAGGCUACGAUGCUGGGUCAUAUCGAGUACGUGAGAUGGGCGUUUGAGAACGAUACCAAGGCUGUGGAUGAGCCUUGGAAAAGGGCUCUUGUGGCAAGUGUUCUUCUGGACAACCAUGUCCGCGGCAGUACGCCCAUCGACAAGGUGGGGUAUUUCUUUGAGAGUGUGUUCCUUUUCGAUGAAGUGGCUUGUUUCGAAACUAGGAAAUUCCCCCAGCUGUUCCCUCAACUGGUAUCCGUGUCAAAAUCACCAGACGAAGCAGUUGAGCAAGCAUCUGUCGACUCCAACGGCCCCAUCUCCGUUGAUCCCAACUACGCUACAUGCUACGAGCUUACAAUCUGGCAACGAUAUUUGGUAUCGUGUUUCCUAGGAUGGGCAGGCUCAAAAUACCCAUUUCACCCAGACCGCUUUGGUACAGCUGCUGAGCAGUUUAUGAAGCACGGGGCCCCAACUGGUUUUCAUGUCACUAUUGACAACUCAGAAUCCACGAAAUAUGUUGUGCUUCACUUUGGGGGCACGGCGAGACCUUUGAGCGUGGAAUUCGGCGAGAAUUUUGAGGCGCCUCUUGAACAAUUCGCAAUAUGGAAAGAGAGGAGUGUGAGUCAGAAGUGGAUGAUUCUGGUAUAA